CGGUUUUGGGUUUGUUGGCUGCAGAGAGUAGAGGAAGAAGGGAGAGAAGAAGAAGAGGAAAACCAUCGGUCCGGGCCUUACACGAAGUCGGAGCUAGGAGAGUUACUCGAAGUCGGUGCUAGGAGAGCUAGGCCCAAAUCCGGAGAAGAAGGCGAGCUCUUCUCCGAUGAUAAUGACUCAGGGAUGUCAGGCACAUGUUCCACAAAUCAAUAUUUGAAUGUCACAAUCCUUGACAGCAUAGCGAUAUACUUUAGAGGGGCUGCAUUUAUGCAGAGGCUUUGGAAAAGCUUGGGCACAAUCUAGAGGAUGUAGCUAGGCAUUUUAUUAUUUGAUCAAAGUCAUUAAGAGCAAUGGUAAUGGGCGCUCCAUUGGAUGAUGCUCGGCAUCUUGCUCAACGAUAUCACAGAAUGCGGCAAGAAGCUGAAUCUCAGACAGGCUAUUGAAGUUUCCAAACACCAAUCAAAAGUGAGGGAAGCACGGGGCAAUUCAGAGAAUGUUAUGAAACUAGAAGCAGCAGACGCAAAGUUGCAAGAAAGUCGAAUAUGGAAAUACUGGGGAAGGAAGCAGCUGCAGCAGUGGCAGCAGUUGAGGCUCAACAACAGAUAUUGACUCUCCAAAGACUCCUUGCCAUGUUUGCAAGUCUAGAGGAGUUCCAGGAAGAGUUAAAGGAUAUUAACCAAGAAGAGCAGAUCUCCAGGCUUCACGAAAUGCUUGCUCCUCAUCUUCUAGGAAGGACAGCUGUUCGAGGCGCUUAUAAUUCUGUGCUUUGGAAGUUGCCUGUGAUUUUGGGCUGGGAGAAUAAUCACUUACGCUCUUUUGGAACUGAAGGAAGGAAAAAGGAUGGAUCACAAAUCCCGCCAGCGGAUAGAGUUUUUGAGUAUAUACUCUUCUGUGGCAGUGACAUCAAGGUAUUGUAUGCUGACAUACCGAAGAGUAUUAGUUUGGAAGGAUAUUUAUAAUGAGGUUCUAUGGACAGUUUAUGAAGACUUGCUUUAUUUUCUGUUUACAUUUCAAUGCAAAGAUGGUUCAUAGGGUCUCUAUUAUGUGCUUCAGUUAUGGACUGCGAUCUCUGUGAUCUGAUGGCAAUUUGGUUU